GUGACGUGAAGUGUUACUUAUAAGUGUCGUAAAGAAAACCCUUUAAUAAUGGAUCAGAUAUGACGCAUCCAAACUUUCAAACUAACGGAGCUAGUUUAGAAGAUUGCCACACAAAUUUCUUUGCCUUGACUGAACUUUCUGGUAUUAAAUGGCGUAAGUUAGUAUGGAGCGAGGCGGACAGGAACGGCGGUGGCGGUGGGGGCGGAGGGGUAGGCCACCACGGUCCACCUCCGGGAGGUGGAAACACCGGUACCGAACCAUUGGAAGAUCCGGUUCUGAGAAGUUACGCGAGAUGUUUAGCCGCCGAUAUUCUUUGUGUAUGGAGACGAGUUUCGACGUCUCGCGCCGCCGAUAUGUUCGAUUUAGGUCCACCUCCGUCUACCCAACCGCCGCCACUUAGUUUGUCCGCCUCCAAGGAACUCUGGAUUUUUUGGUACGGAGAAGAGCCCGAUUUGAACGAGUUGGUAGCUCCGGAAUUAAAUAUGAACGAUUGCGAACAGGGUUCCUGGGAAUCCGGACUGUCUUACGAAUGUCGUUCUCUGCUUUUCAAAGCUCUCCACAACCUCAUAGAACGAUGUCUUCUUUCGCGCGAUUUUAUUCGGAUCGGUAAAUGGUUCGUCCAACCGUGCGGCGCGCCAGUAAAACGAUCAAACGACGGUAUAAAUAACGGUAAUAAUAAUAAUAAUACAACUUCGGAAGGAGUUUCCGUUGGAAACGCGCAUCUCAGCUUCUCUUUUGCGUUUUUCGUACACGGUGAAAGUUCGGUCUGCGCAUCCGUAGACGUUAGACAACAUCCGCCGGUACGCAGGUUAUCCAGGUGGCACGUCCAACAGGCGCAGGCGUCCACGGCGGGACUUAAAGUUGUCUUGGCACCUUUCGGUCUAUCCGGCGUUUUAACCGGUCAUAGCUUUAAAUCUCCCGAAGCUACGACUCGUUUAUUGGACGAUUGGAGUCAGUUUUACCCUUUGGAUAAGAGCAGUACUUUAACGGACAGUAGCGUCGUUGAAGUAAUAGUAGGCGGCGUUAAAAUGCGUUAUCCGUCUUGUUACGUUUUAAUAACCGAUAUGGACGAAAGCGCAAAUUCCGCCGUACUCAACGGUCUACCUCCGACUAGUCCUUCGGCGGUAGUAACGACGGCGGUUAUAGAAGAACGAACAGAGAAAAGAGGCGGUAGUCCAGUGGCUAUGCUACAAACACCACCACCUAGUCCUGUUAACAUCAAUAGCAGAGUCGUACAACCUGGACCUUAUACUGUAUCGGUGGAACAUUUUUAUUCGAUGUCGAGGGAUGCGACAGCAGCUACUGUGUUACCAGAAAGAACGUGGCAGGAAUGCAUCUUGGGAGGCGGCGGUCAAAACGCCCAACAGGAUAAAGAAUUUAGCGGAAAUUGGGAUUUCGUUGAACCGACCAGAAGGACCAAUUGUAUUUGUUCCAAGUGUAGAAAAUCUAUAGCACCAACUAGUAGUUCGAAUAAAUGGACGUCGAGCAGUGGGGCAUCUCCCCGAUGGUCAAGUGGGAAAACUGGAAGGACUAAAGUUCCUUUCCAUAGACGCUCGCCUUUGUUACCCCUAACAAAUGAAAGAUGUAACAGUGGUUCGUAUACACCCCAAGGCGGACCACCCUCGUAUCCGCGUACGCAAGAAUCCACCGCUAUACCGUCGGUCGGUUCGCCUCCUUCUGUAGCUCCUUCGCCGUUACCGAAUCCUCAUUCUCAACCGGCUUCUGUUCCUCCGGGAGAUCAAACGAUGCCAACGCUAUCGCCUCAUCCCCCCACAGCUAAUCCUUCACCGUUAGAUAAAACUCAUACACCUGAUCUGCCUCUUAAGAGUGUAGACAGUUCCGGUAACAGUCCCACCACCGUCACAAUUUCCGAAACCAAAAACGAAACGCAAACCAACGUGAUCAAUUUACCCAUGCUGAAGAGGCCUUUGUUGAUAAGUAAAGAGUACGAGGUGAGUGUGGCGCUAGGGGAAGAAGAACAAACCCUGGAAAUGUUGUAUGAUUAUUCGACGAUGGACGCUUGGUUGAAUCAUCCAGUGAAAAAGUUUAAACCGGACGGUAAAGAGAACCAGAGGUUGAACAGGCUAGGGAAACAGGAUAUUUAUUCGCUCUACGAUAAAAGUUAUAUCAUUAACCAAACCAAUGAGGUUGUGAAUAAUAAUAAUAAUAAGAAUCAACCGAUGAUCGUUAAACAGGAAAUUAAACAAGAACCAGGACAAAGCGUCGAAACGGAUACGGCGUUGACGACAAAUUCCGUACCGCACGGCGUAAAAAGGCCGGGGGAUCCUUACGAAUUCGAAGAAGACGGUAGCGGAACGAAUUGCAACAUCGACGGUUUUAAAAGGGGACAGGCGGUUGUUGUGGGCGGCGUUAAAGAAGAAAACAAGGAAGUGAAAAAAAUAACCACAACGGAUAAUUUGUUUACCAGUGAAGGUUUGCAACCUUCUUACAAAGAUCUCGAUCAGAUUUUCGAUAAUUCCGAUUAUACGAGUAGCGACGAAGCGAUGCAAAUACAAACACCUCCCGGUUCGACUACAAUCAAUCAUCACGAGGAUAAUAAACGAUUUUCUGGCGGACACGGUUGUCCUAACGUCGGUAUACCGUGUCCAGCCGAACUUAGCAAAAUGUUUCCGACGCCUCCUAGUUUAGAACACAAUCCCAUAGCGUCGCCGUGCGGUCUAACCGAUAUACCUCUUCCGGAAUUCUCCACCGAUCUCGGCAUUGUCAGGGUGAAACAGGAAAUUUAUCCGAAUAUGGGUAGUCCGCCGGAAGAAAAUAUAGAAGAUUGGAGUUUCGUAUUCAAACCGCCGCCUAUAUGUAAAAUGGUAGGUAGCAGCAAAUACGCUCCGCUUACCAAUUUACCGAGUCAAAGUUUACCGCCGGUGUCGCUUCCGACGAAUUUUACGUAUAAACCAUCGUGGGUGCAACACGUCGAAAAACAACAAACCAACCAACAGACCAACAAUAACAACAACGUCACUACCACUUCCAAUAAUAAUCAAAACACUCCGGCUACUACUUUACCUAAUAGUGUUCAUCAGAAUACGACUUUGUUUCCUCCUAGUCCAUUAACGAACGCGGGUACGCCGGGUAGUUUUCGACCACCUCCGCCCCCGUAUGAAAUGGCAAGUCCGGCGACGUCCACUGCCAGUUCGUAUUUAAAUAAGAAUCUCAAUUCGGUAGAGGCGGCGCCGACGCCUACGCCCGGUAUACCGCAAAGAACGCCGGAAGCCUCCAGUCUUGUGCUCAACAUUCUGCUCACCGAUACUGCCUUCAAUAUAUUCAGAGAUCACAAUUUCGAUAGUUGUACAUUGUGCGUAUGUAACGCCGCCGGCAAGGUGGUAGGUAAUAUUAGAGGAGCCGACGCCGGUAUCUAUUUACUCAAUACGCAAAGUGAUAAGCAACACGCUAGCGCACAACCGAGUAGUCCGUAUCCGGGUAACAGUAUGGGUCAACCGCCGCCUUACGGUACCAUGAUGAACGAAGAUAAUCAUUCGAACGACGAAGAUUCCAUAAGGUGUAGUUGCGGCUUUUCGGCAGUAGUUAAUAGAAGAUUGGCGUACGGCAGCGGAUUAUUUUACGAAGACGAAGUCGAAAUUACUGGUAUCGCCGAAGAUCCGGGGGAAAAGAAAAAAUCUUCUUUACUCUCUUUUCUCGUCGCAAACAAUUCGAUAAAAUUAGAUCCGAACAUUGAUAGGGAUCAGAUCGAUAUAUUACCGCACAGCCUUAUAGAAUUGGUUAGGGAACAACUAGUCUUUAUACCGAAUACCACGAAUUCUUUAUGUCGAGUCGCCGGCGGUUGUACGAGGACGAAAUUGAACAUCCGAAGUAAUAGCAAUAUACACGUUUUGGAAUAUACGGAUAGUCACGAAGUUACGUGCAUAGCUUUGGAACAGAGUAAAAACUUUUUCGAAAGUAUGGGAAUGUGCAAGAUGGAAGAUAUAAAAAGUUCGAAAAAUUCUCAACUCGUUACGGUACACAGGUGGCCAUUCUUAAGGGCUACCGGUCCGCAAUGUAAUCAAGACAUAGUCAGGGUAAUGCGAAAUUUACAACCCCUAUUACAAGAAGCCAUCCAAAAGAAAUGCCAAACGAGACUGUGGGAAGCACCUUCGGCAGUCAAGGGACCACUUACUUGGAGACAGUUCCACAGGUUGGCCGGUAGAGGUACCGACGAUAGAUGCGAACCUCAACCGAUACCGUCUGUUAUAGUCGGUCACGAUAAAGAUUGGUUAUCGCUCUCUCCUUACGCCCUUCAACAUUGGGAAACUCUCCUAUUGGAACCUUAUUCGUACGCCAGGGACGUCGCUUAUAUCGUCGUAGCGCCCGAUAACGAUACGAUUUUACCGAGAGUAAGAACAUUUUUUAGGGAAUUGUCGACGGCGUACGAAAUGUGCAAAUUGGGUAGACACAGUCCCAUUACCAAAGUUCUUCGCGACGGAAUUUUGAGGGUAGGGAAAACGGCGAAAACAAAAAUCGGCAAUGAACCCGUUGAGGAAUGGUUUACGCUUUUAGGGGAAGGAGAAACGACGGAUAUGUUGAAAUUGUAUGCGCAGGUGUGCAAACAUCAUUUAGCGCCUCAUCUUCAACAAGUUCCUAUGGAUAAGACGUUAUUAGAUCCGCCUCAAGAAAAUACUACGGAUCAACCGACUCCUAGUCCUAUGCCACCUCCUAGCACACCCGAAAACGCAAGUCAGUCGUCGGUUUCUACGAGUUCCGACAAAGCAUCGACCCCAAAAAGUGAUCAAGACGGCGAGGGCUCAAAAGAUUCGUCACCUAUCCAUAACGCCAACGAUCCCGUUCCGCACGACGACGACGAAAGAGAAGUACCGUCGGUGAUAGUGUACCUCGUGGAACCGUUCACUUUGGGUACCGAUCAACCGGAAUUACAAAGAUUAGCCUGUCUAGCUUUAUUGAGAUGUUACCAAUCGGUUCUGGCGGCCGUUCCCGAAAAUAUCAGAAAUAACAUUAGCGUUCAAAUAAUAUCCUUGGAAAGUAUAGUCGAAUUGAACAAAGCUAGGAAUAGAAAUCGACACAGCGAUCAUAUGAGAGCUUUGGCAUUGAAUAUUUUCUCUCAAUGUAGAAGACUCUUAAUCCAUACUAAUAACGUUAAAUCUUUAACCGGUUUCGGUACUGCUGCUAUGGCCGAUCAAUUCCUCAAGAGCAAAGACGAAAAGAAUAGAGCGCCAUACAAACUGUAUACGCCGCCUUACAUCUUGGCGCCGAUGAGGGGUAAACAAGAACCUGCCGAUGCGUUUAGUAAAGGAGCUCAAGAACAAGAAUCCGUUCUUUAUCUCAGCUAUUGCCUUUCUGAAGAUCAAAGUUGGUUAUUAGCAGUGGCUACUGACGAAAAAGGUGAAAUAUUCGAAACGAUUACCAUAAAUGUUGAUAUACCGAAUAGGAGUCGAAGGAAAAAGGCGUCGGCUAGAAGAGUCGGUUUGGAGAAAUUGAUGAAUUUCAUUUUGGGCGUUAUGUCUCAAAGCGUAAGACCGUGGAGAUUGGUCGUGGGUAGACUCGGAAGGAUAGGUCACGGCGAAUUGAAAGGUUGGAGUUGGUUGUUGAGUCGAAAGAAUCUUUUGAAAGCUUCGAAACAACUCAAAGAAAUUUGCAAUCAAUGUUCUAUGAUGUACCCGAAUUCGGUACCUUGCAUAUUGAGUGCGUGUCUUGUCAGCCUCGAACCAGACUCUGUACUUAGAUUAAUGCCCGACCAAUUUACUCCGGACGAACGAUUCAGUCAGGUAUCCGUCAACUCUCAACUGUCCACGCCGCAGGACGUUAGUUGUACGCACAUCCUCGUUUUUCCGACUAGCGCCACGACGCAAUCUUCUCAAACGGCUUUUCAAGAACAACACAUCACUGCCGAUCUGGGCGACGACGGUUUAUUCAGUCCAUUCGACGAAGACAUGCCCGAAGGUAUCGACGGCAUGAACGAUUUCCACGACAUAUUCAAUUGGACUGAAAUCGUACCGGGCGGAGGUCAAAGUCCCCCAGGAAGUCCAAGAAGGGAAGAAGGAGGUGCUGGAAGUCCGAAUGGUGGUGCUAACGUCGGUAGAGAAGGUACGCCAAUGAUAGGGAUGAAUUCGAAAGGUAUUGAACCUGUCGAAGAAGUCGGCGUCGUUUUGCAACAACCUCUGGCUCUCGGAUAUUUCGUUUCUACUGCUCCUACCGGUAAAAUGCCUCGUUGGUUUUGGUCGUCGUGUCCGCAUCUCGAGGGAGUUUGCCCCGCAUUUUUGAAGAACGCUUUACAUUUGCACAGUCCUAAUAUCCAACAGAAUUCGGACGAUUUAUUUCAACAAUCAUCGACGGUGACGUCGCAUCCGUUGGAUUCCCAAUAUACCACGGACGUUUUGAGAUAUGUUUUGGAGGGUUACAAUGCUCUCUCUUGGCUGGCGUUGGAUUCGAAUACGAAGGAUCGUUUAUCUUGCUUACCAGUCCAUAUGCAAGUCUUAGUUCAAUUAUAUAAUACCGCGGCGGCACUCCUCUAAAAGAAAAAAAAACACUGAAAAGUACUUACGGAACCAAAUUUUCGGACAUUUUUUUUUUUGACAUUCAUUAUGGAAAUGUAUGAUUUCCUAAACGCUCAAAAAUUGUAUUUCCUUUACUCGAUUCUCUGUAUUUGACAUCGUUACAAUAUUUUCGAAUAAAACAGAAUUGAAAGAAAAAGAAAAAUGUCCUUCAUACGUGACCUUAGGAACGAAUUUUUAAAAUUUAAAAAAGAAAA